AUGCUCGAUUAUGGAAAGAGUUCUGGGAUGAGCGCGGUUUCUGGUAAAAAAUUCUUUGAUGAAAAAAAUGAAGUUUGGUUAGAGAAGAAUUUGAUUUAUUUAGGAACACGAAAUAAUGCGAAAAUAUAUGUAAUCGAUUUACCACCAAGAUAUUCAGAAGUGGAACCACCACCAUAUGACUGGGCUCUGAAAUAUUGUUAUCUUGAAGAUUAUUCAUCUAAAAUACAUAUGACACUAAAUCUAUCAACAGCAAUGAUUAUCUGCAGUUGUUUAGUACUUUCAUAG